AUGUUAGUAUUUAUGGUUUAUGAUUUUAGAGGUGAUAAGAUAUCGAAAUCAAGUGCUAAACAGGUUCACAAUAAUGAAAAUUGCAAUAGCAAUGGACGCAUAGCUGAUUAUUGGUUAUGGGUUAUUGUGCUACUGAAAGGAAAAAAAAAACAAUUAGAGAUUUUGGUAACCAAAAGUUGUAGAGAAAUAGCGAACAAGAAUAAAAUAUCGAAUAAUAAAGAAAAAAUAAUAAGAAUGUUAGAAGAUGUGUAUGAACAAUUAGAAAGAGAAUUAGCAGACAAUACGGUU